UACUUCUGUGACUUCUCUGACAGUAGAUAAGCAUGAAUACACUGUUGGCUUUCUAGAAGCUUUUGAAAGACGAAGGAUAGGUAGAAUAAUGACACAAAAUCAUGUGUCAGGGAUGGAGACAUCUGCCAUCUCCGUCCUGAAGCGGGCAGUGGAGCUGGACCAGAGCGGCCGCUUCCAGGAGUCUCUUGUCUGCUACCAGGAGGGCAUCCAGUUGCUUAUGGACGUGUUGAAAGCUGUGAAAGAUGACUCAAAGAGAGGGCACUACAGGGAUAAGAUAAAGGGCUACAUGGACAGAGCAGAGCAAAUCAAAGCUCAUGUGAACCAGAUGAAAGAAGAUGGGAAAUACCACGAGCAGAUACGAAUAGCCGAGGAUGCUGUUGGUUACAGCUAUGAGGCUCUGUUCAAGCCGUACAUCAGCAGUUUGCUCACAGAGGUCUGGGUUGAAGAUCCAUACAUACGGCACAUCCACCAAUUGUACAACUUCCUGCGGUUCUGCGAGAUGCUGCUCAAAGCGUCCUGCAAGGUGAAAAAGAUCCAUCUCCUCACCACUCAGGAGGAAACGGACAGCAGCCAGCAGAGCAACGCUCUGGCCGAGCUGAAAGAGAGUCUUGCUGCCCAGGGAGUGACUCUGGAUCUGCAGUACUCCUCCACCAUACAUGACAGGGAGAUCAGGUUUGACAAUGGUUGGAUCAUCAAGAUAGGAAGAGGACUGGAUUACUUCAAGAGACCAAAAGGACGAUUCUCUAUCGGAUAUUGUGACUAUGACCUCAGGCAGUGCCAGGAGACCUCCGUAGACAUUUUUCACACCAAACACACAAAAACAUUGUGAGAGCCAUAAAGUUUCAGUUCCUUUUUUCUAUCUCAAGUGACUUAAUUUACUUACCUGCCCUCAAAACAACACAUCACAACAAAUCCAACAACACGUUGUUGGAUUUGUUGUCAAUGUACAGGCGCACUUGACCGGCCUUAUAACGACUGUGUGCCAUUAAUGUCAAAGGUUUUACUCAGCAUGUUUUUUGUCACUCUCUUCAAACUCAACCAACUGGAUGAUUUCUGGACUGUAUGAAUGAUUUUCUAUUUAUUCACUGUUAUAUGUAGUUUUCAUCUCUUUUCUUUGAAAUGUUCUUGAUGAUUUUUUCCCCACUUUUCUUUUAUAAGUGGGUGGCUAUGACUGUUUACAGGUAACAUGGUUUUUAGGGUACCAUACUGCCAUCUGGUGGAAAAAUAAACAUUUUAACAUUAUAUUAUUAAGUGCCUUUA